CACUUCUCCCACAUUCCUCCUUCAUACACCUCUCUCCCUCUUCAUACACUCUCUAUUUGCGACGGAGCGAUCUUCGUUGCAAUACCAACAUCAUGGAGGCUCUUUUACACCAAUCCAAGGGUGUCUGCCCAUUCUUGAAAAAAACCUCCCCGGCUACUCUGCGCUCGCUGUCCACCUCGACCCGUCAUUCACCUGGAGGCGGUACUAUCACCAACCUGCAGCACAUUGCGAGACGAUGUCCCGUCAUGAACAAGGCGCUUGCUGUUCAGAGUGCUCGUCUCAACACCCAACGCAGCUAUGGCAAGAUUGCCACCGGUACCGGAGUGGUGAAGUCAUUGCUUGAGAAGAAGCUGCAUACUUCUGCCGAGAAGAAAGCCAACGUCGACACCAGCAUGAUUCGCCCUGCCCAGAAAGCUCCGCCACCUCAAAAAGCAAAGGCCUUCGUCAAGAAAACAGACACUUACCCCGGUCCAAAGCCCACGGCCCCACUCAAGCCUCGUUUCGACUAUGAAGGGUUCUAUGAGAAUGAGCUUGACAAGAAGCAUAAGGACAAGUCAUACAGGUAUUUCAACAACAUCAACAGGCUCGCCAAAGAAUUUCCCCGCGCACAUAUGGCCGUACCAGAGGAGCGCGUGACCGUCUGGUGCUCAAAUGAUUAUUUGGGUAUGGGUCGGAACAAACAUGUGUUGAAGACGAUGCACGAGACUCUCGACAUGUAUGGUGCUGGUGCCGGAGGAACUAGAAACAUUUCCGGCCACAAUCAGCACGCAGUAACCUUGGAGAAGACACUGGCCGACCUUCACGGCAAAGACGGAGCCCUGGUCUUUUCUUCCUGCUAUGUUGCCAACGACGCCACACUGGCUACCCUCGGCAGCAAGUUACCUGACUGCGUUAUUUUGAGUGACAGUAUGAACCAUGCAUCCAUGAUUCAAGGUAUUCGCCAUUCGGGUGCGAAGAAGAUGGUUUUCAAGCACAAUGAUCUGGCCGACUUGGAGUCGAAGCUGGCAAGUCUGCCACCUGAGCAGCCCAAGAUCAUUGCUUUUGAAUCCGUCUAUAGCAUGUGUGGCUCUGUUGCUCCUAUCGAAGCGAUUUGCGAUCUGGCCGACAAAUACGGCGCCAUCACCUUUUUGGAUGAAGUCCAUGCAGUAGGCAUGUAUGGCCCGAGAGGAGCUGGCGUGGCUGAACACCUCGACUAUGAGGUCUACGCCAACCCCGACCGAACACGUGAGUCGCAGAAAGGCAGUGUCAUGGACAGAAUCGAUAUCAUCACCGGCACACUGGGCAAAGCGUAUGGCUGCGUUGGGGGCUAUAUCGCCGGCUCAGCUGCCAUGGUCGACGCGAUUCGUUCUCUUGCUCCAGGCUUCAUCUUUACUACCAGUCUUCCGCCUGCCACCAUGGCUGGCGCCCGUACUGCAAUUGAGUAUCAAGCCAGGUACCAAGGAGAUCGACGUCUCCAGCAACUGCAUACCCGAGCAUUGAAGGACGACCUGACUGCACGUGGUAUCCCCGUCAUCCCGAACCCUUCACACAUUGUGCCUCUCUUGGUUGGUGACGCCGAGACAGCGAAGCAAGCAUCUGAUAUGCUUUUGAGCGACUAUGGUAUCUACGUUCAAUCCAUCAACUACCCUACUGUCCCACGCGGCGAGGAAAGACUUCGCAUCACUCCCACACCCGGCCACACCACUGAAUUGAGAGCCGAGUUGGUUGAUGCUCUCGAGAAUGUUUGGCAGCGCUUGGACAUUAAGCGACUUGCGGACUGGGCCGCACAAGGCGGCUUUGUUGGAGUCGGCGUCAAGGAUGCUACUCCAGUCGAGCCACUCUGGACAGAUGCCCAGCUGGGGCAUGCUGAGACGGUCGCCGAGCCCGCCGUCGCUGACGAAGUGACUGAGGAGCGCGUCAUGCCCAUCGCGGCUGCUGCGGCUUGAGCUUUCCUCCUAGACAGCAGAGGAAGUGCUCGUCGCAUGUAAGGACGAGAAAGUGGGGAGGUGAUCAGCGUUCUUUGCCUGAGUGAGGCAAAAGUCAGGCUCUUCAGCCAGCCAAUAUAUACAAAAUUUAGUUUCGGUUACCUCUCGUAGCCGGAGAGAG